UAGGAUCCAUGAAGUGCUCGUUGCCUCCGAUCUCAUCUGUCUCGAGCAUUUAGACUUUCUUACAAGACUCCUCCUGUUCAUCGCCCUCGGCACUCGUUGCAGUACGCAGAGAUGGCGGCGAUUCCCCCACCGAUGCCGACGAGCACGGCGAACUGGCACUGGAAGAACAAGACGGUGACGCCCUGGGCGCGGGCGUGGUUCGAGCGCGAGCUCGCCACCGUCGAGGUCAGCGGGGAGGGCGAGGAGAAGGUCGGCGUGCAGAAGUUGACCGACUUUGAGGGGGACGUGGAGCUUGGCCAGCGGAAGAGCAAGCUGAUCACGAUCUACGACUGCAAGGUCGAGCUGGAGUGGGCAGGGACCGCGUCGGAUGGGUCUGAAGUGACGGGCAAGCUCACCGUCCCGGAGGUCUCGCACGAGAUCACGCUCGAUGGCCUCUCAGACUACGUCUACCAAUGGACGCGGACGUCGCCGGCCUCGCCCGCGGCGGACGCGCUCCUCGCGCUCGCGAGGAGGAGCCUCCCCGCCGCGCUCGAGAAGAAGUUCGCAGAGUUCCCAGCGGCGCUCGUCGACACCCACGGGAAGGACCUGCAGGUGUCCUCCAGCGCGGAGCCCUCGCGCCAGGACACGCCCGCGCCAUCCGCGCCGUCCGCCAAGCCCUCCACGUCCGCGCCCGCCCCGGCGCCGGCGAAGAAGGCGCCGCGCGUGAACACGUCGUCGGUGAACGCGGAGGCGAACUUCAUGGCGGCCGCGGACGACCUGUUCGACCUGUUCACGAACGAGAAGCGCAUACCGAUGUGGACCCGCGCCCCCGCGGUGUCCGCCGCGAAGCCGGACACGGAGUACAGCCUGUUCGGCGGCGGCGUGAAGGGCAAGUACGUGAGCCUGACGCCGCCGAAGGAGAUAGUGCAGAGCUGGGCGCUGAGCAGCCCCACUUGGCCGGAUGACCACGUCGCGACCUUGACCACGACGCUCGACCAGGGUUCUGACUCUACGAAGGUCUCCUGGCGACUGGAGGGCGUCCCUCUCGGCAUGGAAGAGGAGACGCAGAGGAAUCUGCAGGGAUACUACGUCCAUGGACUGAAAGCUAUCGGGUUGGGCACGGAGCUGUGAACGCAUGCGUACCAAGGUCGGUCGAGCCUCGAAACAAGGUGCGGCGAACAUGGAGCACAAUACACGGAUCAUGCUUUGAUGUCUGGCUUGUAGACGCGGACAUGGGGUCAUCCGUGCUUCGGGGGUGGUGGGAUACUGCGGUGUGCCGAUCACGAAAGGGUAGAGACAGAAGGAACGCAAGGUGUAUGCGUCGGCAGAAUACUAAUACAACAUUUGUACAUUGCUGCAUGUCUUUUUCUUGUCCCUUUUGACGACAACCCAACAAGAAAAGAGGCACAGAAGACCAACGAGAGGACAGCAAAUAUACGACAGAGAUGACCUAUAGACUCAACAGAAAACGAAAAGCACAACAUGGACAACCAGGCUUCUACAGCGGAUGGGGGUUGUUCCAGAGGCGCUCGAUCUGUGACGAAGAGGUUCACCAGCCGCAGUCGAAGAGUUAAGGUCGAGACGUACGAAUGCAAUGAGGAAUUUUGAGG